UGAAGACCAAUCUGGGAGCCCCACUCGCCUGGCCGCCCCUGACCCCAGCCCCCCAUCACCAUGCACUCCUUGGACGAGCCGCUCGACCUGAAGCUGAGUAUCACCAAGCUCCGGGCGGCGAGAGAGAAGCGGGAGAGGACAAUGGGUGUGGUCCGGCACCGCACUCUGCACAGGGAGCUCGGCCUGGUGGACGGCAGCCCCACCCCAGGCUCCCCAGGCUCCCCACCCUCAGGCUUCCUGCUGAACCCCAAAUUCCCUGAGAAGGUGGAGGGACGCUUUUCGGCGGCCCCUCUGGUGGACCUCAGCUUGUCCCCGCCGUCUGGGCUGGACUCCCCCAAUGGCAGCAGCUCACUGUCUCCUGAGCGCCAGGGCAACGGGGACCUGCCUCCAGUGCCCAGCGCCCCGGAUUUCCAGCCGCUUCGCUACCUGGACAGCAUGCCCAGCUCCUUCCAGUUCUUCCUGCCCCUGGGCUCUGGGAGUGCCCUGCACCUGCCUGCUUCCUCCUUCCUCACUCCCCCCAAGGACAAGUGCCUCUCGCCCGAGCUGCCCCUGCCCAAGCAGCUUGUGUGUCGCUGGGCCAAGUGUAACCAGCUUUUUGAGCUCCUGCAAGACCUGGUGGACCACGUCAACGACUACCACGUGAAGCCUGAAAAGGAUGCUGGGUACUGCUGCCACUGGGAGGGGUGUGCCCGCCACGGCCGGGGCUUCAAUGCCAGGUACAAGAUGCUGAUCCACAUCCGCACGCACACCAACGAGAAGCCUCAUCGCUGCCCCACCUGCAACAAGAGCUUCUCCCGCCUGGAGAACCUGAAGAUCCACAACCGGUCACACACAGGUGAGAAGCCCUACGUCUGCCCCUACGAGGGCUGCAACAAGCGUUACUCUAACUCGAGCGACCGCUUCAAGCACACGCGCACCCACUACGUGGACAAGCCCUACUACUGCAAGAUGCCCGGCUGCCACAAGCGCUACACGGACCCCAGCUCGCUGCGCAAGCACAUCAAGGCCCACGGCCACUUCGUGUCCCACGAGCAGCAAGAGCUCCUGCCGCUGCGCCCACCCCCCAAGCCCCCGCUGCCCGGCCCCGACGGUAGCCCCUAUGUCAGCGGGGCCCAGAUCAUCAUCCCCAACCCUGCCGCCCUCUUCGGAGGCUCUGGCCUGCCCGGCCUGCCCCUGCCCCUGGCCCCCGGCCCCCUCGACCUCAGCGCACUGGCCUGUGGCAAUGGUGGGGGUGGUGGGGGUGCGGCGGGCAUGGGUCCCGGGCUGCCAGGCCCUGUCCUGCCGCUCAACCUGGCCAAGAACCCACUGCUGCCCUCUCCCUUCGGGGCAGGUGGACUGGGUCUGCCCGUGGUCUCCCUUCUCGCUGGCUCCGCUGGCGGCAAGGCUGAGGGGGAGAAGGGGCGUGGGUCAGGGCCAGCCAGGGCCCUGGGCUUGGAGGGCCGAAAGACACCACUUGAGAGGACUGAGGGUGGCCGCUCCCAGCCCGGCCCUGACGGACCACCUCUGCUGCCAGGCACCGUGCUGGACCUGUCCACCGGAAUCAGCUCGGCAGCCAGCAGCCCAGAGGCGCUGGCUCCCGGCUGGGUGGUCAUCCCACCGGGCUCCGUGCUGCUCAAGCCUGCCGUGGUGAACUGAGCCGCCCAGCUCCUGGCCCCACCUUGACGAACGGAAACUCUUCUGCGAAAUAGCAAUAAUGUCCUCCUGCCUGCGGG